AAGAAUGAAUACAUGAAAUAGAGUGAACCAUGUCUGGGACUCGUUCAAGGAAGAUGGGAGGUUGGAAAAUGGCAAGGGAUGAAGAAAGCACCUAUGCCUCUAGUGACGACCUGGGGUCCCCGCAGGAGUCCCAGCUGAGGCUCAUCUUGGUGGGCAGAUCUGGCACCGGCAAGAGCGCCACGGGAAACAGCAUCCUGGGUCACAGGCGCUUCCUCUCCAAGCUCGGAACCACAGCCGUGACCAGAGUCUGCGCGGCCGCCAGCCGGAAGUGGGGCCGGUGGCACGUGGGCGUCGUGGACACCCCGGACAUUUUCAGCUCCGAGGUCGACGUGACAGAUCCCGAGUGCAUGGAGAGAGGGCGCUGCUAUCUGCUGUCCUCCCCGGGGCCGCACGCGCUGCUCCUGGUGACCCAGCUGGGCCGCUACACCGCCCAGGACCAGGAGGCGCUGAGGAAGAUGAAGGAGCUGUUCGGGGAGAACGUGCUGGCACAAACCAUCGUGGUCUUCACCAGGAAGGAGGACCUGGCCGGUAGCUCUCUGCAAGAUUACGUGCGCUGCACAGAGAACCAGGCCCUGCGGCAGCUGGUGGCAGAGUGCCACGACCAAGUCUGCGCCCUCAACAACCGGGCCACCGGCAAGGAGCUGGAGGCCCAGGUGGAGGAGCUGCUGUGCGCGGUCGAGGCCUUGGUGCGCGAGCGCGGGGGCGCGCACUACACCAACCCGGUGUACGGCGUGGUGCACGCGCUGCGCGAGGAGCCCCCAGAGGAUCGGCUCCGAAGGGUGGCGGAGAAGCUGGCGGCCUACGUGCACCGGUCUCGCGGAGCCAGGUUGCUGGCCUGGCUGUGGAAGUGGCCCAAGUCCUACUGGGUGGGCAGGAAAAGGGGCAUGGCCAUCCUUCUGGGAGUCACCCUCCUGGUGUAUGUGUUGUUGUAUAGGCGUGUGUCCCAGGCCCUUGGGGACCCGAAUGAUAGAUACUUUCUCAAGUACCUGGAGGCAUCCCUGAAGGGCAAAUCAAAGAUGGUGUUGCGCUGCUAUCUCCCAGACACCAGAAUCCUGAAGCACAGUCUCCCCACCAGCUCCCAGGGACGGAAGAAGAGAAUGGAAGGGGUACAGAAGCACAAAUACGGAGCCCUGGAGGCAGGCAGACUGGAAGGUCAGAGCUGUGAAGUGCUUCUCCCAUGGAGGAUCAUCCUGGUGGGCAAGACAGGCAGUGGGAAGAGCGCCACAGGCAACAGCCUCCUCUGCCGCCCAGCCUUUAAGUCCAGGCUGCAGGCCCAGUCUGUGACCAGUGAGUGCCAGGAUGAGAAAACCAUGUGGGAUGGGAGGACCAUCCUGGUGGUCGAUACACCCCCCAUCUUUGAGGCAAAGGCCUGGACCCCAGAGACAUACAGGGACAUAGGAGACUGCUACCUGCGGGCAGCUCCGGGGCCCCACGUGCUGCUCCUGGUGACCCAGCUGGGGCGCUUCACGGCCCAGGACUCCAUGGCAGCGAGAAGGGUGAGGGAGAUCUUCGGGAAAGAGAGCACGAGGCAUACGGUCAUCUUGUUCACCCACAAGGAGGACUUGGGGCACGAGUCCCUGGACCAGUACCUGGCCAACUCAGACAACCGCAGUCUGCAGGCCCUGGUGCAGGAGUGCGGGAAGAGGUACUGUGCCUUCAACAACCGGGCGACAGGCCGGGAGCAGCAGGACCAGCUGGCUGAGCUCAGGGCGGUGCUGGACAGGCUGGAGCAUGAGCUGGAGGGCUGCUUCCUCAGCAACGACCUCUUCCUGUGGGCGCUUGUGCUGUGGCAGGGCGGGGAUGCUGCCCUCCGGGAAGGCCACGGUCGCUACCUGGCCCGGGUGAGGCAGCAGGUGGAGAAGCAGAGGCGAGAGCUGAAAGAGUUGGAGAGCAACUGCGUGUGCAGGCCAUUCCUCAGAGCCCAGACCUGGAUAGGGUCUCCUAUUGUAAUAUUUGCCUUUCUUCUUAUAAUUUGUUUGAUUUUGCUUGCAUUUUUACAUGACUUUGGUAUUCCUCAGAGGAAAUGAGCAUUUUCUGGUAAUUUCUACAAUAAGAUGUUUCUGGUUUUUUCCAGGUUCUCUAUCUCAGUUUAUGUGUGUGUGUGUGUGUGUGUGUGUGUGUGUGUGUGUUGCUUUACAUUUUAUGCAGUUUCACUCUAUGUUUUAAUUUCUUACAUGAGACAUGUUAUAUAGUUUCCUGAAAGUACUUUUGGGUAAAUAACCCGAAGCAAAACUUUCGUGUUCUUGUUUAGUUAAAAAUUAUGAUAAAGAAAAUGUGGUAUCUACACACAGUAGAGCACCUCUGUGCUGUAAAGAGGGAUACAUUCGAGUCAUUUGUAGGUAGAUGGAUGAAUCCUAAAACCAGAACGUUACAUGAAACAAAUCGGACACACAAGCCUAAAGAGGCCCUGGUUUUGUUUACAUGAGAAACUCAAAGUAUAAAUAAGUCACAAAGUAAACUAAAAAAUAUAUGCAGUGCUGCCCGGGUCCAUGAAUGCUUUUCUUCCCAAACAAUCUGGUUCACAAGUUGAAGCUUUUGGCAAAAAUUUUUUUUAUUUGCAAACUCUGCAUCGGGUGACAUCUUUCUCACGCUGUCACAAAACAUAGCCAAAAUCGUGGAACAAAUUAAGCUCAUUGGCUGGGAAUCACUGUAAUAGAGAUGGGAGACAGAUCUU